GGGUUUUACGUAGCUCUGCGGCUGGUAGCAUGCGCUCAGAGUGGUCAGGAAGUCAGUCUAUCCAGCCUUCACCUCCCUGUCCCUCCCCCCAAGUUUAAGGACACCAGCAGUCCGUCUAUAAGCAGCAGCACAGCCUCAGUCCCCAGCGAGCUACACUGGGCUGUCAGGCCGGAGGAGAAGGGAAAGUUUGAUGGGAUUUUUGAAAGUUUGGCUCCGGUGAACGGCCUGCUGUCAGGAGAGAAGGUCAAACCAGUACUCAUCAACUCCAAGCUACCUCUGGACGUCCUAGGGAAGGUGUGGGAUCUGAGUGACAUAGAUAAAGAUGGCCACCUGGACAGAGAUGAGUUUGCUGUGGCCAUGCACCUCGUGUAUCGGGCGUUGGAGAAGGAGCCGGUUCCUACCCUCCUACCCUCCUCCCUCGUUCCUCCAUCUAAGAGGAAGAAGAGUCUGGGCUCUGUGGCCAGCUCCGUGCCGGGCCUUCCCGCCAGCCCUCCUCCUCCAAAAGACUCGCUGCGCUCCACGCCAUCACACGGCAGCAUGAACUCCCUCAACAGCACCGGCAGCCUGUCACCCAAACACACCCUCAAGUCUGGACAGCAUUCACUGUCCUGGGUGGUCCCAGUGUCGGACAGAGGUCGCUAUGAUGACAUAUUCCUGAAGACCGACGCUGAUCUGGAUGGUUUUGUGAGCGGACAUGAAGUAAAGGACAUCUUUAUGCAGUCUGGACUUUCCCAGAAUAUGCUCGCCCAUAUAUGGGCGCUGUCAGACACGAGGCAGAUAGGCAAGCUGACCAGAGAGCAGUUUGCCCUCGCCAUGUAUCUCAUCCAGCAGAAAGUUAGCAAGGGCAUCGACCCUCCUCAGGCCCUUUCUGCUGACAUGAUGCCCCCCUCAGAGAGAGGCACACCUGUACCAAGCAUGUCAGGAUACAUGACCCCUGUAGGAUCAGAGAUGGCUGCUCUGUCUGAGAUGAGACGGGACAGCUCCAGUUCGGUCGGCUCCGGGGAGUUCACUGGCAUCAAGGAGUUGGAUGACAUCAGUCAGGAGAUUGCUCAGUUGCAGAGCACUCUUGCCUUUACCCAGUGGAAUAUUCUCAGGGAGAAGUACACACUGGAACAAGACAUCAGGGAGACAGAGGAGGCCAUCAGACACAAGAGUGCUGAGGUGCAGGAAAUGCAGAGUGACCUGGACAGAGAGACGGCCAGUCUGCAGGAACUGGAGGCUCAGAAACAAGAUGCCCAGGACCGCCUGGAGGAGAUGGACCAACAGAAACAUAAAUUAGAGGACAUGCUGAACGAAGUGCGGAUCAAGUGCCAGGAAGAGUCGCAGAUGAUCUCGUCCCUCCAGAGUCAGAUUCACUCCCAGGAGACGGACCUGCAGAGCCAGGAGGAAGAGCUGACCAGGGCUAAGGCGGACCUUGGCAGGCUGCAGCAGGAGGAAAACCAGCUGGAGCAGAGUCUGGCUGCCGGCAAGAUACAACUGGAGACCAUCAUCAAGUCCCUGAAGGCAACACAGGAUGAGAUCAACCAGGCUCGAAGUAAGUUGUCCCAGAUCCAGGACAGCCAACAGGAAGUGUCUAAAAGCAUUGAGCAGUACAACAGCACGUUGAAUGGAACCCAUGGAGGCAGCAUGACUAACCUGGCGGACAUGAGUGAAGGCUUCAGUGACAGAGAGAAUGGAGGAUUCCCCCCCAUGGUGAGAGCUGUUCAGGAGGAUCCCUUCAAAGUGAAGCCAUCUGUGUUCAACAGCCAGCCUCAGGAGCUUCCCACUGACCCCUUCCACUCUGAGGAUCCCUUCAAAACUGACCCAUUCAAAGGUGACCCUUUCCAAAACGACCCCUUUGCAAAGCAGCCAUCAGCAGCCACAGAUCCUUUUGGAGGAGACCCGUUCAAGGAGACCGACCCGUUCAAGGCAUCAUCAGAGGACUUCUUCAAAAAGACUACAAAGAUGGAUCCCUUCUCUACACCUGAACCCUUCAGUAAAAGUGCCACGUUACCCUCCAAGCAAGCCGGUCACUUCUCAAGCAAUGACCCGUUCUCUUCAAACAACCCCAAACCAAAAGGGUCAGACCUUUUCGGCACGUUGGACCCGUUUGGCAGCGGUUCGUUCAGCAGCAGCAGCACUAACAGCUCUGCUGGGUUUGCUGACUUCAGCCACAUGUCCAAACCAAGAGACCCUUUUGAAGGCAGAGCCAGCUGGCUGCCAGACUAUCAGAAGUCUGUGUUUGUGGACGAUCCAUUCUGCCGGAAGAAUGACACACCAGCUCUUCCCCCAAAGAAAAGUGUUCCACCAAGACCUAAACCCCCCAGCGGUAAGAGUACUCCAGUGAGCAUGACAGCCGACCCUUCCGAACCAUGUGACCCCUUUCAGCCCUUCAGCGGCGAGCCUGUCGACCCCUUUCAGAGUAAAAAGGGCCCCGUGGACCCGUUCAGCAGCAAAGACCCCUUCGCUCCACCUGCAGCAGCAAGACCUGAAAAAACCAAGUUUGGGAACGAGGCUCAGC